UCACCAAUCUCCAUACAAACGUUUCCUUCCUUUCUUACUCCACCAGCUUCUCUUUCAAAUAUACAGAGCAGCAAAUCUUGAUAAGCAAGUCAUUUCCCUUGGAGAAGAAAAUUCACAAUAGGCAGUGUCUCAGAUAAUGGAGAGCUUGAUUAGGCAAACAAGGGUGAGAUUUUCUGGUGUAGGUCAGGAUAACAAAGAAGAGGCUAGCAACAUCAGAGAUAGAAGAAUACCACCACAAAAAACUCAAUCCUUCAAAGAAGAGAAAAAAAAAACUCAGAAUUGGUUCCGAAGACAAUUUUCUAGGCAAAUGAGAGAGGAUUAUGAUUUCGAAAAUGAUGACGUGUAUCUAGUAGCAGUUGCAGCAGUAGCACUUGUCAUUAAGUUGUUGGAAGAAGAAUUAGGCAUCAAAGAUCAGAAAAAGAGUGAAGUACUUGAUACCUCUUUGACCAAGAUCAAGAGUAAAACAGAAGAUACAAGAAUUCGGGGAUCAAAACUUGGUAAAAUUUCCAGACGACUCUCAGGUGAAACUUCGAUGAUAGAUAUGGAAGAUCCAAACAGAAGGGUGCCAUCAAAAAUUGCAGUUACAAAUGAAAAGAGGCCUGAAAAGGCCAUUGGUCCUGUUCAAUCCUUUAAAAGGACUCCAACUUUUGUUGAUAAGGAUAGAAAACCUGAAAGUGCUUUACCAACACCUGAUCUUUCAUCUGCCAAACAACCAACAUCCCUACUAACUGAGAUCAAAAGGCAGCCUUCAACAAAACCUGGAAUAGGAGAAACUAAGGCAGAUACUUGGGAGGAAGCUCAGAUGGCCAAGCUUAAAGAAAAGUAUGAGAAGUUGAAUACCACAAUUCUUGAAUGGGAGAAAAAGAAGAAGGAUAAAGCCAAACUCCAGAAGGAUAGAACAGAGAGUGAAUUGGAGCACAGAAGAGCAAAAGCCUUACGACAUUACCGUAGUGACAUGGAAAGAAUUGAUCAAAUUGCAGAAGGAGCAAGAUCUCAAGCGGAGGAAAACAAAAGAAAUGAGGAGUUCAAGAUGAAAGAGAAGGCAAAUAAAAUCAGAUCAACAGGGAAGAUUCCAGCAACAUGCUUGUGCUUCUAACUGUUGCCAAGGUCUCCCUUGUUUGAACAAUUUGGAAAAUUGUAAAUAUAUUUCUAUAACAAAUCUGUAACCAACUCAAUCACUAACACAACAGCAUAAAUGGAAUUUAUUUGCAUCACUUA